ACACAACACAAAAUAGCAAUCUAUAUAAAAUUUGUUGUCUCCGUUGUUCUUUCUUGUUUCAUCUAUUUAAGACUUUCUAGGGUUGAGCAAAGUUAUUGUAAAUUGUAUAGAAAAGCUUGAUGCAAAUUUGCUUGUAGUAUAAUUGAUUGAAGACAAAUUUUCAAGAAACUAUACGUAGCUAACGUUGAAUCAACUUCCUGAGAUGUUUAUGAAGAUUGCAGUAGCUUUGAUUCUAGUGUUUGCUUUUCAAGUGAUCGAUUCUUCGGCGCAGUUGUAUGAAGAUGCUCGAUGCAAAUGUGUUUGUACAAUAAUUAAUGGAACACAAAAUUACAAGAAACUAUAUGUAGCCAGCGUUCCAUCCAACAAUGAUUGUCUUGGCAUAGAGGUUCCACCAAUAGCUCCGCUUGAUAACAGUACCAAAGUGCCACCAUGCCCUCAGUGUCAGUGUAGGUAUGAAAGCAGGAACACAACCGUCAUAAAGGUUGUUGUGAUAAUUGUGAUAUGGAUAAUCUCGCUUCUGGUGAUCUACAUGUUGUUCCUGAUUUGUUUGGAUCCUCUUCUGAACAAGAGAGUGAAGAGCAGUUACAUUGAGCACACCAACGAAGAGCGUCCUGAAAUAGUUAUGUUGAUGGCUCCAUUGCUGUCUAUUUCACCUUCAGCUUCAGAUGAAGAAAGCGGCAGCGCGUCGUCGCCCGGGGGGGGAUCAUCCUCGCACCAGAUGGGAGAUCGCGGCGGCGGCAAUGUACUCAAUAGAAUGGGUCACCAGCAGGAUAAGUGGAAGCGUCAAGUGCGCGAGCAAAGAAAGAACAUCUAUGACCGUCAUACUAUGCUCAAUUAAACUCCACUCCACCUACAAUCAUAGACUGUUACCAUUCUUCAAGUGUUUACUCCAAGUUCCAUCGAAAGUAUUUGCACUUUCUCAUCGAGGUUUCAAAUUUAGAAUCUUAUAGGCCCUGUUUCCGAGCUCGGGAUUUAGCAAAGUUCUAAACUUUAAUCAGCUAGUCAGAAAAUUGGCUUGCCGAAAUGGGGCUUAGCCUAGUUGUAGUUUUUAUGAUAAUUUCUAUUUUCUCAUUUUUAUAAUUGGAAACGUUUUUCUCCUUGACGAAAUUAAACAUUCCUAAAUAAUUCAAAAUAGCUGAAACUUCACACUAUUUUCUCAUUAUAUUUUGUGUUCAAUUUUCUAGUAUUUCGAAAUUUAAUUUAAACGUAGACUACGACUACGCUAGCUGUUUAAAGUCUAGAACUUAGCUAAAUCCCGAACUCGGAAACCGGGUUUCAAAAUUAAUGUAUAGGUUAUUUUUAUUACUUUCGUCAAAAGACGGAUUGUGAUUGUAAGAGUAAAGUAACUGAAAAGAGCAGUUUAAACUAUACGUUUAUCCUGUUCUCAAACCUUAAUUUCUUGCUAAAAACUCACCCAAGGGAUCCGUUUGACAUUGGCCACUUGUAGCCAAAAAGUGACUGUUCUCUCAAGAUUUGGAUUGCCGGAUAGCAAAUCUCUACAGUGAUGAGCCUUUAGUCACCCGAGUUUUCAGGAUAUUGUUUACAAAGAGAUACUGUAGAUGCAAGCCAUUACUCCAAUAAGGGACACUUACAAACGAUCCUUAGAGGUAUGCUGUCUAUCAUACAUAUAACAAAAUAUAACAUAUUCAAUUAGAGGUGCGUUUUCGAGCUUGAGAGUGCAGGUUUGGUCUAGUUUAAUCUAAUUGAAAGAAAACCAUUAAAGAUAAUGAGUAACACCAGAUCAUUCAGAACAAGGUAUAUGAAUCUUAUAACAGAUAGAUAAAUGCCACUAUUUUUACAAUUUAACGCAUUACAAGUAUUGAGGUCAAUGUAGCAAGAGAACUCAUGAGCAAAAAAAUUAAGAAUACAUUAUAUUUUUUCGGCACUUUGUUUGGUAAUGCAGUGGACACUAUCACUGAACAGCUACUUCCCUCAAAUACGAUGGAAAAUAACAAUGUUCCUGUAGUCAUCAACAGUGUCGGCGCCUUAGUUGGUUGGACGAAGAAUUAUUCAAGCCAUCAAUGGGCUUCACGACUGUUAUAAUGGCGACCACUCUUCACCUGAUCCAGAAGAAAUAUCCAUCGCAUAAUACAACUAUUCAACAAAAAUAAUGCGUAAUAAAUUGUCAAAAGCUCUAAUUAAAGGGUUUAAAGGACGUCAACACGGAGCUGUACACAGUAAACAAACAUCACCUGGUUCAGAAGUAUUCUGAAAGAAAACAAUAAUAUGUCACUAAACACCAGAACUUGCUGCUGCCUACCGGGUAUUAUCAGAACUAGGACUUGAUUCUUUAUUACACUGAAUUUUUACAUAGUUGGUGCAUGUUAUAGCAUUGCUAACUAAUAAAAGACAAAAAGUGGACUUGGUCCACUUGUAUUCUGAGCCCUCCAUAUAAUCACUUUAACGUGCUUAAAGUGAACCCCCAGUUUUUUGGGGUUAUAAGUUUCAUCAAAAUAAUCAAAUUUGAUGAACAGAUGCAGCAAAGGGCUUUAAAGUUUUUUUCUACAAGAAGUUAUGAAGAUUAUUCCAAAAUCAUUACGGUUUUGUUCUUUGUCUCUUUACCAACUUUUACUAGGCAAAGGAAAUUAAUUUCCGGCAAAAAAUAUUGUAGUAUCGAUAUAAUAAUAUAAGAAUUAGCAAUAAGUAAGCCACUCAUUCAAUUGGUUUGUUUAUUAUCAAAUCCUACAAAUAUAAUGUAAACAAAUACAGUAUUCAAUUUCACGUUAAAGGAUGAGGCAGCCGUCCUGUUAAUGUAAUGACAGUUGAAAAAGAGCUAGCUGACCAUUGUAAUGCUAUUCCAUUUUAUUGAGUAUAAAUGGCUCUAGAAGUGUAGCUUCGCGACUGCAAUAAUCUAGUAAUUUCCUAUAACUAUCGAUUUUCAAGGUGUUAUCUUCAAUUUUUCUUUGAUAUUAAUGAUUUGUAUAUUAUGUACCUUAUUAUUGGGUUUAUAGGGUGUAUGGUUUUAUUUUAUAAGAAUACUAAAAUCCCCAUUGUAGAUCUCGUUAUCUGUUUUAAGUUUUAUAAAGCUGCUAGAAUCAAUUAUAAUGUAACUUUGUAACUUGAAAAAUGAAAUAUUAAUUAGCCUAUUUGAAUUAGUAUGAAGCAUGACUGUCUAGUGUCCUCAAUUAAUGAAAAUGAGUGACUCAAUGAAAAUUGUCUUUCCUUGGUAGCUACUCUAGUUAUAUUUUUGUUUUACAUUAUCUAAAAUCUUUUAUUAAUUUCCUUUUUCCGAUCUCCUCUCUUAAAAUAUUUUACCUACGUUGUAUAAUUAUAUCAUACUUGGUAUCUUACAUGUUCGGGAGAUUUGAGAUUGUCAUUUCAACUUCUUAUUUAUGAUAUACAAAAAUUGUUUUUUUUCAAGUAUUAUAUGGGUUGUAGUUGACGGAUUUUUUCUUCCGAUGAUUUUGAUAACUAUGGCCAUUCCAACCAUUCCCAUUUUUGGUCUUUUAAAUAGCAAAAUCAGAAAUUAACAUUUGAUUUUAAUUACAAUAGUUGCUCAAUCUUCUCGUUUUCCAAUCAUGCCUUGAUUUCUUUCAAAGUUAUUUUAGAUAUGUCAAAACCCACGUGAUGACAGUGUUUGUGUGAUGACGUGAUGACCCACGACAUUAGUGUUUUAUAACCAUUGUUCUCUGAAAUAUAUUAAUAAAUAUGAUCACGUUUAUAAGACAUUAUUGUGAUAGAUUAUUAUUUGUAAAUAUUUUAAUAUAUUAGUAAACUGGA